AUGGAGUCGUGCUUUGCAAUUGCAGCAGUCGCUUUGUCUCCAAGCGUCUUCGACCAGACAGUCAUGAACGGAAUCACCGGCAUCGAGGACCGACUUCAGGAUGAUGUGUCUGACACCAUCAUGAAGAUGACGCAGGCGGGCAUCAAGGUUUGGAUGCUGACGGGCGAUAAAACGGAGACAGCCAUCAACAUUGGUGUGGCCACAGGCCUGCUGGCCGCUGAGCAGAAGGCCUUGGAGCGGCCCAUGUUCUCCACAGAGAACUUUGAGAAGGGCGGAGCUUUCCAAGCGCAGGAGCUCCAGACGAAGCUCAGGGAAGUGGCUGAGCAGGCGCGACAAGCCUAUCAGCAGAAGCGCAUGUUCGAGGGCAUGGUCAUCGACGGCAAGUGCCUGGAGCUGGCCCUGGAGCCCCACAAUCAGAAGGACUUUGUGGCCAUUUGCCGCAACUGCUCCACGGUCAUUUGCUGCCGGGUGUCGCCCAAGCAGAAGGGCGCCGUAGUUCGCCUCAUCAAGCAGGAGGAGAAGGCGAUCACCCUGGCCAUUGGUGACGGCGCCAACGACUGCAACAUGAUCAUGAGCGCAGAUGUGGGCAUUGGCAUCCGCGGGCUGGAAGGUCUGCAGGCCUUCAACGUCAGUGACUAUGGCAUCUCCCAAUUCCGCUUCUUGCAGUACAUCAUGCUGGUCCACGGCCGGUGGUGCUACAGAAGGAUCGCGAUCCUGGCCAACUACAUGUUCUACAAGAACUUCGUGUGCGUCCUGCCGCAGUACUUUUUAGGUGCCGUCUCCGGCUUUUCUGGGCAGAAGCUCUACAACGACAUCUUGUACCAGUUCUACAACGUGUGCUUCACCUUCGUGCCCAUCAUGGUGUUUGCAGUCCUGGAUCAGGACGUGCCGAAGAAGGCGUCGUUGAAGUACCCGGAGCUUUACAUCGCGGGCAAAGAGCGGAUGUACAUGAAUGUGCAAGUAUCGCUUGGUUGGAUUGCCAGUGGCGUUUGGCAUGGCCUCGUGUGCUUCUUCAUCCCGUACCUGGUGAUGUCCAACGGGAACAUCACCCACGAGGAUGGCAAGGCCAAUGACAUUUGGCUGGUGGGCUCAGUAGUCUUCUUCCUGGUGUGUCUCGUCACCAACCUCUCUGUACUGCUCGAGACCUGCUACCUAAAUUGGAUCGUGGCGCUGGGCAUGUCAUUGUCACUGCUGGCGUGGGUCCUCUUCCAAGGGUACAUCUCCGGGCUGCACGGGGUGGUGGUCACCUCUGAGUUCUACGGCUCCAUGCAGCGACUUCUAGGCUGCCCCAUGAUUUAUCUCAUCGUCUUGACGAGCACCGCGAUGGCCUUGAUGGCGGAUAUCCACGCCAAAGGCAUCAAGUGCUCCUUUUUCCCGAGCAUUCUGCACCAGGUUCAAGCCAAGGUGCUGGCCGAACGCAGCUCCAGCGCGGGCCCCCAGCUGGGCAGUUGCUUGUAG